CCCAAACCCCUUCAAUUCCUCCACAACCGGAAUAAUAGUAUCAAAUCAAUCUAACAUGACCACCAUUCCCACCUUCGACAACCUCACCCUCGACCCCACCGGUCCCCCGGGUAACACCUGGGGUCUCUUCGGCCCAUCCAACGACCUGGGCAUGCUGAACCUGCUCACUCCGGAAACCGUCCGACAAGCCGCGGCCGAAGAGAUCCGUGAAGGCGUGCGCAUUCCUCUCGACCUGCCACUCGACCGCAUCAAACACUCCAGCUACGGCCGGAAACCGUUCGUCAAGGAAAUCAUCAACAAGGCGCCGCGGUAUGUCAACGAUGACGUGCUGACAUUCAAUACUCAGACGAGUACCCAGUGGGAUGGGUUUCGACAUUAUGGCAACCAAAAACACAAAUGCUACUACAAUGGCCACUGUUUAGAGGAAUUCAAGUCUUCGGGGGUAUUGGGCGUUGAUACAUGGACCAAAAAAGGCGGCAUCACCGGCCGGGGCAUCCUCCUCGACUACGCCCACUGGGCCACCACCCACUCCAUCCCACUCACCCCCUUCACCUCAACCCCCAUUCCCCUCGCGCACCUCAAGUCCCUAAUGACCGAGUACUCCAUCCACCCCCGCCCCGGCGACAUUCUUUUCAUCCGCACCGGCUUCACGCAGGCCUUCAACGCCCUCACGUCCCAAGAAGAAGAAUCGCUCGGCAAUCGCCCCGCGCCUUGCUUCGCGGGCAUCCAGAACGGAGAGGAAACGUUGCGUUGGCUAUGGGAGAACCAGUUCGCGGCUGUGGCGUCCGAUACGCCGAGUUUUGAACCCUCGCCGAUUAAUCACCCCGAGGGGAUGACGUUGCAUGAGUGGUGUCUUGCUGGGUGGGGGUUGCCGAUUGGGGAGUAUUUUGAUUUGGAGGAGUUGGCGGGGUUUUGUAGGCGGAGGGGAAGAUGGAGGUUCUUUUUGUGUAGUGUGCCGUUGAAUGUUCCUGGGGGUGUGGCGAGUCCGCCUAAUGCGGUGGCUAUUCUUUGAGAUGGGAG